CAUUGCUGGGGAAUGGAAGGAAUGUAUGUCAACUUCUACAAGCCCUUCAACUACACAUACUUGACGUUGUGUGAGGUCAAAGUGUACGGAGAGUUGGCCCCCCCUCCACCCUCCAUCAGCACUCCGGGGUGGGGAUGAACGUCACCCUGGUGGGGAAGCGGCUGUGCUGGUCAGACGCCCUGUUCUACUGCAGAGACUAUCACUGGGACCUGCUGACUCUCAGGGGCCCGGUGGAGCAGAAGAUAGUUGACCACCUGGUGGCUCGCGCCCCCUUCCCACUAACCAGCCAUCUCUGGGUGGGGCUGCGCAGGUCUAUUCAAGGAAGCUCUUGGUUCUGGAUGUCCGGUGACCCAAUGGACUUCACCCAGUGGGACGAGGCCUCACAGGAGUCCAGCCCCUGUGGGGGCGUUUCCAGCUCGGAACGUUCCACAUGGAGGCAACGCUUUUGUGGGGAACAUCUUAACUUCAUCUGUUUCACAGGUCCGACAGAAGGAGGGAAGAAGGUGCGCUUCUAUAGUACGACAAGGGUGAACCCAACCUGUAAAAACUAG